UUAAAGGGUUUUUGUUUUGGCAAAUGUUUACUUCGUGUCCGGCGUGUCUUCUCCUGUGCAACCAUUUUUAUCGCGGGAUGCCGUGCCUAGUAUUAACCCAGUUUUGUACUGUUCGUGCAUCCUGCACCGAUGUAUGUUAGUUAGCAGCCUGCCCAUUCGGAUAAGUGGUACACAUACAGUUACGUUGCUUAUCGAGGGUGAAGCUCGGACUCAGAUCUGCGUUCAUGAUGGCGAUGUUCCGCAGUUUUGUGUCGGCUACCCAGCUCAGGCAGCAUCACCAUCAGCAUCAGCUGCAGAGCGAGGCAGCCGCGGCCGCCCCCGGUGAGAGCAUUGAGAGCCAGUUUUCUUGCCCCAUUUGCUUGGAGGUCUACCACAAACCUGUCAACAUCGCAAGCUGCGCUCACACGUUUUGUGGAGAGUGCCUACAGCCAUGCCUGCAGGUGACCUCUCCCCUCUGCCCCCUCUGCCGCAUGCCUUUCGACCCAAAGAAGGUGGACAGGUCCUCCAGCGUGGAGAAGCAGCUGUCCUCCUACAAGGCGCCCUGCCGGGGCUGUAGUAAAAAGGUCACCCUGGUCAAAAUGAGGUCACACAUCACGUCUUGCACAAAGGUUCAAGAACAGAUGGCCAACUGCCCCAAAUUUGUGCCAGUUGUACCCACUUCACAGCCAAUUCCCAGCAAUAUCCCAAACCGCUCCACUUUUGUGUGUCCAUACUGUGGAGCCAGGAAUCUUGACCAGCAGGAGCUGGUCAAACACUCUAUGGAGAACCACCGAAAUGACUCUAAUAAAGUGGUGUGCCCCAUAUGUUCAGCCAUGCCUUGGGGCGACCCCAGCUAUAAGAGCUCCAACUUCCUGCAGCACCUCCUGCACCGGCACAAGUUCUCCUAUGACACUUUUGUGGACUACAGCAUCGAUGAGGAGGCAGCGCUGCAGGCAGCAUUGGCACUGUCAUUGGCUGAGAACUAAUGACCUCCUUCACCUCUCCUUCUGCACCCUGGCAGUCUGAUUAAUGCUCUCUUCUCCAACUGUUCCUUUCCAACAAUCAAUCUUACAAGAAUCUAAGGACCUCUCCUUACUCCACUCUCUGUGUCCUGGUAUUCUCAAUAACAUACUCUCCUCCUCCUGUAGCUCUCCAACCUUCUGGCAGAGCAGAGAACCCCCUUCUUCACUCCUGCCUCUACACCAUGGCUGACUUGCAGAGAACUGAGGUUCCAGCUCACCAGAACUCUGCUGACUCAGUCACUGAGCUUUUCCUGUUCUGUCAGUCACCAAUCACAGCCCAGAGAUUGUAUCAUAAAUGCAACAAUGCAGUGCUCAAAUGAAUGAAGAAGUGGGUUUGGGGUUCAUUAACUUGGAGUUUUAGUGUUUACAUGGGCUAACAAGAAUCAGUUUCACUUCUAUUCAAAUAAUUAUCUGUGACUUUACUUUUUAAAUCUGUUUAACUUUUGUAAUGUUGGCAGAGGGAAGCAGUGUGGUAUGGCCGGGUGCUAUGGGAGGAGCUUCUUGCAGAAGAAAGUGUUAAUCAAGCCAAGAAAGGGAGGUGACUUGCUAAUCACAUUACCACAAUGGACAGAAGACCAACAUCCCAACAAAAAUGUACAUGGCCCCCAUUUUAUUAGGGUUCUUCUGAAUACUUGCUCUUAGCACAUUUUUGUACAUGAAGUAUAGUAUUGUUAUGAUUUUAUAGAUGGCUUGCAGGCCAAUAGUGAUGCAUUAAUGGUUAAUACUACUGUUACCCGUUUACCUACAAUAGUAUUUUUAUGAAGUACCAGCUGAGAAAAAAAAUAUAUUUUUGAAAAUGUUUGUUUCAAAUGGUUCACUAAUAACACAGAAGUAAACAUACAUUUAAUAAUUAAGAAUGCGUUUGUGGUUUUAUAUUAAUUGUUUGUAUCAUAAAUACAUCUCGGAUAAAUCAAAUUAAAUGUGGAGGCUAGUGAAUGGAGCGCUCCCUGUGUUUGUUCCUAACCAUAACAAGUAUUGUGACACAGUGACGACACUAGAGGGCGCCCAGAGUAAAGUUUGUAUUAGGAAAGUAAUUUUGAAUGAUACAAGAUAAUGUUUAUACUGUGUGCCUUUAGGUUUAAAUCUGGUCUGGUUUGAUGUGUGAAUGUUAUUUUUUCAGGAUGCACUCUGUGUGGAAAGGAGGUAGUCUCCUUUACAAAUCACAAACAAAUAUUGCAUCAGAUUAGUUACUUCCUGCUUGCAGUCCUCCUCAUACUGCCUCAUCCUUGUCCUGUGGUGCCAAACACACAAGUAAUUAUUAAGCCGGAUGGGGGAGCUUUAGGUGACAUUUGGACAUACCUUUGACUGAGUUGAUUGGUUGAAUUGAGAGAACAGGAAAGCAAUGAUGAUUAUGAUCUGUUUAUAAUGCUAGAACAAUGAUGAGCCUGUUUCUGAACUAUCAGACAUUCCUAAAGGUGGCACGGCAGCUAACGAUAAGCUGCUCACUUCCUCCCCAGCGAUGUUUCUUCAUGCUUUAUGAGUGGGAUGUAUGUGAAACAGCAUGUCGCUGAGACUGAGUCAGUCUCUCAGGAAGUGAUAUUCCCCACUUGCCGAGGGGUUUCCAUAUCCUGCACAGGCUGACCCGCAGUGCCACUGCACGUCAAAGCCACAAGAUGUUUUUGGAGUUGAUCUCUUUAAUUAUGUACUUCUUUUAAAAUGUUAAGGACGAAUAGCAAUAUUAGCACUAUUUCAGUUGAGCACUGUGAAACAUUGAACUGCUUAACAUACUGUACCAAGUGCUUACGGUAACCCCUAAUCGUAGGUGAUCAUGCAUUCCAUUUACUAACAGGGUAUGACAUCUCAUGGGAGAACUUAUCAUAGGAGAGUGGUGAUGUGAGUUUGUGUAGAUAAUGAUAUUAUUAUUAUUGAUAUUAUACAUGCACAAUACCCACAAUAAAUAGCAGUUUUCAUUGGUUAGAUUUUGAGUGUUUUAAAGAACAUCAAGGUGCUUUAAAUUUGGCCACUACCCAUUACAGAAAUUCACUGCUGGAUUCACUCCAGACUGCUCAGAUAAUGCACGGUUUUGUAGUGGUGGUUGUACCCUUGAGUGAGAUAGGGUGCUUUCUCAUGGUAUUGGGGGAUCUGUACUGCUUAUCACUCCUAGAAAUGGAGUGCAGAUGUACAUGCUCACCCUCUGCUCUUGGGAAAGCACUAACAGGUGUGUAUAAUAAAUCUUACACCAGUAAUAUAUUUACUGUUCAGUUGGGCUUUCCUAGCCUGAUGUCCAGUCUGCUGUCAAUGUGCAUUCAUCCUAACACCAAAUCUAAUUCAAUGUAGUUUCCUGUAUUACAAUGAGUGCUUCCAUGUACUAAACGUAUUGGAAUUAUCUGCUGACUUGGGGAACCUUUAUAUAUUAUGACAGAAAUAAAGAACACAAAAAUACAGUAUGUGAGCAAAUCGCUCGCCUCACUUAUAUUCUGUUGUCCCGUGGUUGUCUUUUAAUUGACAGUCACCUAAAUACGUGAUGCUUCCUGUUGAAAUCUGAACCAACUUUGCAGUGAUGACUAUGGGCUGUAUCAGUUAAGUGAGACAGCAAUGUGUACCGAUCACUGAAGCAUUCCAGAUGGGCAAACAUGAGCAACAUCUAAAACCUCAAUUCUACUGGAAAAUACCUGUCUGUGUAACUGAUAAACACCCGUAUGUAAGCUAUGCAAGUCACCCUAGAUAAGUGCACCCGCUAAGCAAAUAAAUACUAUUAAUAACAGCACUAAUCAUUGAAGCUGACCUUCACAAGAGGCACAUUGUAAAAAUAAUUGUAUCUGAGGAAAAUAUUUACAAAAUGGUUUCAUCUAAAAAAAUUGUAUGACUGUUUUCUUAAAAACAUGGCUCAUUUUUUUUUGCAUUUUUGUAGAUAUUUUUGUAAGAUAUUGCAUCUUAACAUAGAAAAAAAACAUGCAAAAUUUGCGAGUUGGAAACUGAGAAUUGGCUGAGAGAAAUUGAGUUUUUUCCAAGUCAUAGUACAACUCAAACAUGCAAUGUUCAAGACAAAAAGUUAAGUAUUUCUCAGCAAGUAUGACAAAAAUGUUUGUAAGAAGUAAAAUACACAAACAUGUUCCUCUAGCACUCUUGUGGCACCUGGGCUGAACAAUAAGUGACUGGGAUGAACCUGGUCUGUUGCAGAAAAACAGGACAGAAGGCAAAGACUGAACCACCUCGGUCUACCUAACAACACUUUCAAAAUAUCCCAAAACCUAAGAUCAUUCAUUUUCAGUUUGUUUUUUUAAAUGAUGCCAUUACAUGUUUUUAAGGCACAUCUAUGCCAUACUACAGAAUUCUAUAUUUUGAUACUGUGCAACAUUUAAAAAAUUGUUUAUAAGCAUUAUAUAGUAUUUACACAUUUGUAUAUCCAUACAUCAGUGUGAUACUUCUGUCAAUGGAACCAUCUUCAAGAAUUUAACACUUGAAAUAAUAUGGAUGAAAUGCUGCCAAAGGUCCUGUCUAUAUCCUUUGAAUGCAGUACAUCAAGCAUUUCUGUAAGCCUGUUUUCCUAAUGUUCCCUUAAUAAACUUUAUCUAUAGGACA